AUGGACCGGAAGAGUCCCUUUCAUCAACCUAGCUCCGUGGGCACCUCCGGAAGUGACACGCCACGUUCCGGGAGAGUACUGGCGGGAGAGGAGAAAGGCAGCGAUUCUCGCGGCGGGUGGAGGAUGAAGAAGGAGCAUGUUAGUCACUGUCAGUUCUCCGCCUGGUACCCGCUCUUCCGAAGCCUUACCAUCAAGAGUGUCAUUCUCCCACUUCCUCAGAAUGUGAAAGACUAUUUACUCGACGAUGGGACUCUGGUGGUUUCAGGAAGGGAAGAUCCGCCAACAUGUUCCCAACCAGACAGUGACAAUGAGGCAGAAGAAACACAGUGGUCCGAUGAUGAGAACACAGCGACACUUACGGCACCAGAAUUUCCUGAGUUCAACACUCAAGUCCAGGAAGCUAUCAAUUUGCUGGGGGGUAAUGUCUUCCCUAAACUUAACUGGAGUGCCCCAAGGGAUGCAUACUGGAUAGCAAUGAAUAGUUCUCUGAAGUGUAAAACUCUCAGUGACAUCUUCCUGCUUUUCAAGAGUUCUGAUUUCAUCACUCGUGACUUCACACAGCCGUUCAUUCAUUGUACUGAUGAUUCUCCAGAUCCUUGUAUAGAAUAUGAGCUUGUCCUCCGAAAAUGGUGUGAAUUAAUUCCUGGGGCUGAAUUCCGAUGUUUUGUCAAGGAAAACAAGCUUAUUGGUAUUUCUCAGAGGGACUACACGCAAUACUAUGACCAUAUUUCUAAACAAAAAGAAGAAAUCUGCAGAUGCAUUCAAGACUUUUUCAAGAAACACAUACAGUAUAAAUUCUUAGAUGAAGACUUUGUGUUCGAUAUAUACAGAGACAGUAGGGGGAAGGUAUGGCUGAUUGAUUUUAAUCCAUUUGGGGAAGUCACAGACUCAUUGUUGUUUACUUGGGAAGAGCUGACAUCUGAGAACAACCUAAGAGGUGACUUCAGUGAAGGGGACGAUCAGGGGCAGGAUUCCCCGGCUUUCCGCUGCACCAACAGUGAAGUCACAGUACAGCCCAGCCCCUACCUGAGCUACCGGCUGCCCAAGGACUUCGUGGACCUUUCCACUGGGGAGGAUGCUCACAAGCUCAUCGAUUUUCUUAAGCUGAAAAGAAAUCAGCAAGAGGACGACUGAGUGCUGCCUUGAGAAUAAAUAGGAGAGGGAAACACAGCUCCCCAGGAGGCUGCCUGUAGAACACAACUCCCAGUGAUCCAGCGAGACGAGUGUCGAGGGCAGUGUGCAAAGUCAUAGGUUUUUAUAUUCCUGUGUGUUCACCUGGGGAAAGAUGAAGGCACUUUGGUACUCGUAAAAAAAUCACAUAACAAACAGACCUUAAACAUAAGGAAGCAUACUGUUCUGAUAAUAAAAUGACUUUUAUGAAAUA